CAAGCAGUAUUUUUAGGACUAAGCAUUAACCGUUAAAUUGUUUUAAUUCGCAAUAAGGUCGUGUUAUUGACGCUUCUCUGCGACCAACAACAAAACAGAAUUUCGCUGUGCUUGUGACAUGCGUACGGGGGACGCCGCGUAAAUUAAAAAAAUCAAUUAAAACCAUUGUUAACCGCAAAUUCACGUAUACCUAUGUAGCUAAUUAAAUAACAGUCAAACAAAAUUGGCCAACAAGCAUAGUCAUAAUAUAAUUAUUAUAAUUAUAAUAAACAAUGUCCGAUCAAAAUUUACUUAGAAAAAUGUGGCAUAUUCCUCACCUAGUAUUAAUAGUAUUAAUGUGCUCGAACGUAUGGGCUUUUAACGGCGAAUUGGCCGAGUUAGAAUGUCCGGACGAUUGCGACUGCCAUUACUUUCGAGUAAAUUGGAUGACCGAUUGUUCCGAUAGCAACCUAACCGAAAUCCCUUACGAUGAACUUAGUUUAAAUGUUUACGUACUCGAUUUAAAUGACAAUCUUAUCAGCGAUGUCCAACCCUUUCCGGCCGAUAUAAAAAUGCGUCGAAUUCAACUUGCCCAUAACUCGAUGACCGAGGUGAAGAAGGAGAGCUUUGCCGGUCUCAACUACUUGAUUGAUGCUGACUUUUCAGGAAAUAGAAUCACCAAGAUAGAUCCAGACGCUUUCGAUGAUUCUCCUGGUUUCAUAACGCUGGAGUUGCAAAGCAACCCAUUGGCCGAGGUGGAGGGUCCGUUCUUGUCGAUUAAGUCGCUGCUCUACCUUGACAUAAGCAAUUGCAGCUUGAGAAGAUUAAACGAGAAUUUUUUUUCCAACAUAACGUCGCUAAGCACGCUAGAUCUGUCGGAGAACCCUUUGAACGUAAUCGACGACAAUAAAGGUUUUUACCCGUUAAUAAGUUUGGAAACGUUAAAAUUAAGCCACUGCAAUCUAAGUUGGAUUUCUAAUGAUGCGUUUAGCAAGCAGGGAAGGUUGAAAACUUUGGAAUUGUCCGGGAAUAAUUUAUAUAAAACCGAUUGGUCGGCCGUGUUGAAUAAUUUAAUUCGUUUGGAGAGUUUUGAUUUAAGGAAAUCGGGGCUCGUGCACCUGCCGGAGACAAUGUUCGAUAUGAAUUUGUAUUUAAGGACGGUGAUUUUGGCGGAAAACGAUUUGAUUAAUUUAGACGUGGCCAGUACGUUGGGAAAUCUUCAGCAGCUCGACGUGUUGGAUUUGUCUUAUUGUAAUUUAACGCUGCCGCUGUCAGAAGACGCGUUCGCAAACGCCACCAAAAUAAGAACGUUGUAUUUAUCUGGCAAUUCGCUGUUCGCGAGUGAUUUACUGGUUGCGCUGGCCCCCCUCACUAAUUUGAAUAAACUUUCUUUGAGCAAUUGCGGCCUCAGCCGCUUACCCGAUACUUUCCACAAGUUUCUUAGUCUUCAGGAGUUGGACAUAUCUCACAAUCCAUUAAACGACGCGUUCGUUAAGCUGCUAGCCCCAUUAGAAACUUUGGAGUACUUGAACAUGGGCUACAGCAACUUGUCCUACAUCCAUCCCGCUUCCUUCUCGAAGAUGACUUCGAUGCGAAGACUGGUAUUGUCGGGAAACGAUGUAAAUAGCUUGGAAGCGGGACUGUUCGGCGACCUGACCCGAUUGGAAAGUUUAGAGUUGAACUUUUGCGGUCUGCGACGGCCGCUCAAUGCCACUUUGUUCUUCAACAAUUUUACCUACACGGACUUGACGGAACUUCGGCUUGCAGGCAACCCGCUUAGGGUGUCGCCAACAGGACCCCUACUUCCCAAACAACUUUCUCGUCUGCAAACUUUGGAUCUCGGCAACUGCAACUUGACUUUCUUGCCAGCGGAAGCGUUCUACUGGACAAGGAACAUUACCAACCUUAUACUCAUGGGCAAUCAUUUCAGCUAUCCCAGCGAUCUGCGAUUUUUGGAAAUUCUACCGAAGCUCGAAAUGCUUGACUUAAGAUACAACAAUCUCACGACCUUCUCGCCCAAGCAAAUAUCCCUCAAUCCGAACGUGGAAAAAUUAAAACUAAUCGGCAAUCCCUGGAAAUGUGAUUGCAGCGUUGCCGAACUGUGGGAUUGGGCCCACUUAAUAAAAGGAGAUCUCUCCAUUCUCGAAGGCUCGACCAUUGCUGCCGAACACAUUACCGUCGGCAAGAGCAAACGUAAGAAGUUGCUGGCUUGUCACUACGACACGGUCAAGCAGCCAUUGCCCAUAGUUAUAAGCAAGACAGUGCCCGGUAGGAAACCUUUCCUCAAAUCUCAAAGGACAUUAACGGCCAGCAACCGCACCUGGGCUAAAUACGUCAGAGAAUCCGGAUGCGAACCGAUGCCGACUUUGCAGAGAACCGCCAGAGCGGCCAUCCAACCCGAAGGCUACGUUUCCGACGAAUGGGUCCACAUGAAACUAGCCCAUCACCAGCAAAACACAUGGGCACUUGCCGCCCUCAACUCCAUCAUGGUUUACGUCGCUCUUAUGUCCAUACUCGGGCUAACAUACCUCAUUUCUCAAAAGAGAACAAACCAACCGAUUUCAGACAAAGAUAAUUAAAAUACAUAAUGGUAUUUUCGCAUGCACGUGUGUUAAACUAGCUUUACCUACCUAACAAUGUUAUGAAUGUUAAUGAAUAAGGAAUAAGGUAGUCGUAUUGUAGGAAUUUUAGUGACUGAUUUCUUCAGAAAAACCAAAAAUACGGUAGCCAUACUACCUACUGUUAUCAACAACGUACUUUCUCAAUUCUAGCAAUCUCAUCAGACACAUAACUUUUAUUGUUCCUUUCAUUCAAAAUUUGAACGUUUAAGACUGUUUGUUGUUGAUUGUUUUAUAUGUUAUUGUUUAUAAAAAUAAAUACUUGCGAUAUUUA